AGCCUGUUGUUCUCUUCUCAAUAUAUAUUUUACAAAACUCUGUCUAUUCCUCAGAACCGCAACUCCAAGGAGCAUCAACAAUCGGCGGCGGCGGCGACAUCUUUCUCCGGUACCAACAGCAACCGUGUGCGGCGGCGGCGACAUCUUUCUCCGGUACCAACAGCAACCGUGUGCAGCGGCGGCGGCAAUUUGAAGAGGUGGCUGUUCCAUUUCGGAUUUGCAGGAAUUUCAACAAUCGCAUCGCUGUAGGAUUUCGACAGAAAAGGGAUAUUAAUUUAAGGUGAAGAAGACUUGGAUCACAGCCAUAAUUGAUCACUCUAAAGCUUCAUCAAUGGCCGAAGCACCUCAGAAGUAUGCAGUCGUCACGGGCGCAAACAAGGGGAUCGGGUUGGAGACAUGUCGGCAGCUGGCAUCUCGUGGCAUCACAGUUGUGCUGACAGCUCGCGACAAAAACAAAGGUCGUGAAGCCGUAGAAAAGUUCGGGGCGUCAGGCCUUGUAGAUCGUGUGAUCUUCCAUCGCCUGGAUGUUACCGAUAAUUCAACUAUUACUGCCCUAGCUGAAUUCAUCAAGUCCCAAUUUGGAAGGCUCGACAUCUUGGUGAACAAUGCAGGGGUUCUCGGAUCCGAGGUUGAGUGGGAGGCUAUAGAUUUUACAGUUAAAAAGGAGCCCGAUUGGAGUAAGAUCGCGACCGACAUCUCCUACGAGUCCACAAAAGAUGCUAUUCAAACGAACUACUACGGCACCAAAAGGAUUACCGAAGCACUUCUUCCCUUUCUACAACUCUCAAACUCACCGAGGAUCGUAAAUGUAUCUUCUACAUUAGGAAACCUUAAGUACAUACCGAGUGAGUGGGCGAGGAGGAUACUCAAUGACGAAGAAAAUUUGACCGAGGAGCAAAUAGACGGAAUUGUAAACGAGUUUCUGAAAGACUCCAAGGAAGAAGAAGUUGAAGCUAAAGGGUGGCCUAAACCAUUGGGUGGAUACAUGGUUUCGAAAGCAGCAAUGAAUGCCUACACAAGGCUUCUUGCUAAGCAAUACCCGAGGUUUCGGAUCAAUUGUCUCUGCCCGGGGCUCGUGAAAACGGAUAUUACUCGCAAUGUAGGGAUGUGGACGGCUGAAGAAGGAGCAGAAAUCCCGGUCAUGCUCGCGACCCUGCCCGAUGAUGGCCCGACCGGACGCCAUUUUUACCGCAACACCGUGGGGGACUUCUGAGAAAUACUUGUUGCUAAACGAUAGCAUAAAAUAUAGGUAUGUGCAAGAAUAAAAUAUUUGGUCUUAUAAUUGUCUUAAGUAGACAGUCAUGCAUAUGUGUAUCUGUGUAAGGGUCAGCAGUUUAUGUGCUUAUUUGGAAUAUUCAAUAUCAUGCUAACAAAAAAUCAAAUAUUACAAGUCACGGAAUGAUGACCCUGCUA